AUGAAUACUGUCAAUGAACAGACAGGCCCAGGCACCACGCGUCGCCAUUUAUUCUCACUGUCAUCGGUCUUCCGCUCCCAUUCAGGGAAGCGAGCCAGCAUAAUUGAGUCAAUACAGGAAGAGCCAACUUGCCAAGAAAGAAUCCAUUAUCCUGUGUUUAAUCCCCUUGAUCCUCGCCACAACCCAGAGAUACGUGGAUCAAAUUUUUCUUGGCGUCGCGAUGAGCAACGGAGUUCGUCUUCAGAAUCGCACAGUCCAAUGGCAUGGGUUCAAUCCAUCUCAAGACUAUCUCUUCAUAAGGCACGAUCAGGCCUACUUGCGCUGAGGUCAGGGCUUAUCCACCGUUCAAGUGAAGAAGAUAGCCCCGAGAGGAGCUUUGUUAGCCCUGUUGCUCUCAAGCGUGAAAGACAACGCCACGGAGUUUCAUACAGGGCAUACACUUCGGAUACCCAAGAGGACCUAACAUUCGGCGCUGAAUUAGCCCGCAUGAAUCUUACACCGUCUGCCCCACGGUCCAAUGUCGAAGCGGGGCCUCUCAUCCGCGUCUCGUCUGUCAAUUCGAUCCCCGACUCGCUCGAAACACUUCCCGCAUCUGACCCUGUCCGCGACCUCUUCCGACUUGAAAACCGAGCUGUAAGUAACUCAGGGGUAAAUUCGCCUUAUACCCCAGUCAAUGGCCAUGAUCUUGACUUCCAAUUUGCUGGAACUGGAGGUUUGGGGCCGAAUAUGGAUUCUGAGGAUCACUUUACUCACACUACGCCAUUGAUAGAAGACCAUUUGAUACGGCAGACAUGGGGUAUUGCGAUCUCUACUGACGAAGAGAUUGCAAUGUCCACUCAUGAACUAGCAGAUCCUCAGUCAGUUUUGGGAGAGCAGCAAGCAAUAAACCCUCAGCAGCAAAAUAUCAGCUAUGCAAGUUCAGAUACGCAAAUCAGUGAUGAUCAACAAAGUCCAGUUCCCAUCUCAAGACAGUGCUCCGCCGAAGUUCGGUUUGCAUUUCCAGGAAUAUAUCAUGAGGCACUGGACCAGUGGGCGAGGCAACAUCGCAGUCCCACCCCCAGUCAACACAUUCCCAACCUUGGUCGACGCAGUCUCAACCUCGGUGAACAUACUCCCAAUCUCAGUGAACACAGUCCCAAUCUUAGUGAACACAGUCCCAAUCUCAGUGAACACAGUCCCAAUCUCAGUGCACACAGUCCCAAUACCAGUCAACACAGUUCCAGCCCCGGUCAACACAAUGCCAAUCUCAGUCAAAACAGUCUCAAUCUUGAUCAACACACCCCUAUGCUCUAUGAACAAGAAGAGCCUCCGCACGCUUCUCCAGGGCCACUCGAGUGCACUGUGCUUCAGGAUGAUACAUGUAGCAAUCUGCCUCCAUAUCACGAAUACGAUGAAGCCCUCACACCUUUGGUACUCCCACAAACCCCGAUCACUCAUUCUGAAGAAGCACAGCCAUUCUCUUAUCCAAACCUCCUCCUAGGUUGCACCUCCAAUCGGAAUUUUGGCGAAAGAUGGUCGUCAAUCUCCGAAAGAACAACCACGCAGUGGUCAAGUGUUGAAGAUUAUUCCAGCCGUUACGCAACCGAUGAUACCACAUCACGAGAUAUUACAUCAACGGAGAUGACUUCAAUGGAAUCAUUGACAAACGAUACAUGGUCCCCAAUCCACUCUGAGCUCCUUUUCACAAGCCCAGUAGAGGAUGGAAAUGGAUAUUUCCUUUUCGACAGCAAAACAAACAGCCAGUAUCCUGACAGAGGCAACCAACCAGUCAAAUCUGUACAGCAUACAACUAGUAGCUGUGGUAAUAUCAGAGGAUGUCAAGAAAUACCUGACGUGAUCUCUCCAGGGGUCCUGUCCCUACGGCUCAUACCCGAUGGCAUUCCCAACGCAGGAUUGAACUUUGUGGAAGAGGAUACGGAUGACGAAUUUUACCCUGGAACUGUGCAGCCAAGUCAGGUUUGGUGA